AUGGCUCUACGGCGACGAUCGCGUGCUGUUCUGGCGAUAGGCGCUGUUUUGAUGAUCUUAAUCAUCUUGCACUUUCCUGCACCUUCUCCGGUAAUCGUGCCUUUUAUUCCAGGGACCGUCGACUGGUCAAAAUUUGAGCACUUCCAUCCCGCCUCCUCGAUCAAACCACUCCCGACCGACCGACCGCGACAAUUGCCUCCAGUCCAGGCCGACCGAAGCCUCUUCAAACACUCCGAACUGAUUGAGCAACGGCGUGCUGCCGUCAAAGAUGAGUUUCUACGGAGCUACAAUGCAUACAAGGAAAUUGCCUGGAUGAUGGAUGAGUUGGCGCCCCUGUCCGGUACAGGGAAGACUACAUUUGGCGGUUGGGCUGCCACGCUCGUCGACUCGCUUGAUACAUUGUGGAUAAUGGGUAUGAAGAAAGAAUUCCAAGAAGCCACAAUUGCGAUUUCUGCAAUGGACUUCUCUGUUACCAAGGAUGGCAGUAUCAAUGUUUUUGAGACCACGAUCCGACACCUCGGUGGACUGCUGGGGGCCUAUGAUUUGAGCGGCGAGCCUACCCUUUUGCAAAAAGCAAAAGAAGUUGGGGAGAUGCUAUACGUUGCGUUUGACACGCCCAACCGGUUGCCAGGCUUCUGGUUGAACUUUGAGGACGCCCGCAACGGCCGUCAGGUUGCAGGCACGAACGACCCGUCGGCCUCGCCGGCGUCUCUGACAUUGGAGAUGACACGCUUGUCGCAGCUUACAGGGGACCCCAAGUUUUACGACGCCGCUGACCGGGUGAUUCGUUUUCUCGACCGUGUCCAAAAUGACACUCUGCUGUCUGGAAUGUGGCCGCUGACAGUUAAUUUCCAGGACGAGACGGCACAAGGCGACACUUUCUCUAUCGGCGCAUUGGCUGAUUCAUUGUACGAGUACCUGCCCAAGAUGCAUGCUUUACUUGGCGGGGUUGACCCCGUGUAUGAGAGGCUAUAUCUCACUUCUGCGGAUGUCGUCAUUGAUAAUUUGCUGUACCGGCCCAUGGUGCCUGACAAUGCCGAUGUUCUAAUUGCUGGCGAUGUACGGGUCAAUAGCCAGGGCCAGAGUCUCAACCCUGAUAGUCAACAUUUGAGUUGCUUCGCGGGAGGAAUGUUUGGUCUCGGCGGGCGUCUGACCGGAAACGACAGCCAUGUGGAAGUUGGAAAAAAGUUAGCCCAUGGCUGUGGAUGGGCAUACAAUGCUUUCCCCACCGGAGUUAUGCCCGAGAUAUAUGGGAUGAUCCCGUGCGAAUCAGCCGAGUCCUGCGAAUGGGAUGAGUCUAGGUGGGAGCCGGACGGCGAGUCUAUUCCCAAAGGGUUCUCACAUGCUCGCGACCCGCGUUAUCUCCUGCGACCCGAGGCAAUCGAAAGCAUCUUCAUCAUGUAUCGAAUAACAGGGGAUAUAGGGUGGCAGGAGUUGGCCUGGAGGAUGUUCCAAUCUAUCGUGAAGGUCUCGAGGACGGCAUUGGCUAAUGCGGCAAUUGACGAUGUGACCAAUCCUGAUUCCCCAAAGAUCGACUCCAUGGAGAGCUUUUGGCUGGCUGAAACGCUCAAGUAUUUCUAUCUCAUUUUCUCGCCUCCAGACCUCAUCAGUUUGGAUGAAUAUGUGUUUACUACGGAGGCACAUCCGUUUAUACGAGUGCGGUGA